AUGAAAAAGCACCUGAAGGUGGAGGAAGUGAAGAAGAACGGCGAGCUCGUCGCCGGAGGUGACAUCCGACGCAAAAGAAACAGCUGGUUUCGGGCAGCCUUUGAGGAUGCACCUUCGCGAAAGAGCAUCCUAUCGGUGGUGCAGCAGAUCAAUCAGGAUCUGAAGAUAUGCCCCUAUGGGCUGGAUACUGAAGCAUGGGCUUCGGCGGACAAGCUGAAUGCGAUGAUGGAAAGGUUGGUUAGAAGCUGUCAAAGUAAGAACCGCGCAAAGACUGGGUCAGCAGCGACGCCAGAAGCAUCCGUGGCCGUGAAUCCCGACAACCUGGAGACGCAGGUGAUUGAGGAGCCGGACAUAGAGGAUUUGCUCAAAGAGCUUUGCAAGGAGAACGGUCUGGAUUACAACGCGGAAGGAGUAGAGGCCGGCAUGUAUAUAUGGAUUAUGUAA